GCAGUGCAGGGCAUGUGCUCGCCACACACCGCAAAUCCUCGCCACGCGCCUUCCGUCGCUCGCUCGUCCGGCAGUCCAACCAAACCAAUCCAGCAGCCACCAACCAAGAAAGAGCCCAUGGCGUCCCCGUUCUGCGCCGCUGCCGCCGCGUGCCGCCUCGCCGUCUCCGCCCCGUCCCCUCCCGCCGCGCAGGCGCCCAGGCCCCGGCGCGGCCUGGUGGCGGUGCGCGCGGAGGCGGCCGGCGGCGGGAUAAACCCGGCCAUCCGGAAGGAGGAGGACAAGGUGGUCGACACCGUCCUCACCGGCGAGCUCGCCAAGCCGCUCACCGCCUACUGCCGGUGUUGGAGAUCAGGGACAUUCCCACUGUGCGACGGAGCCCAUGUGAAGCACAACAAAGCAACAGGUGAUAAUGUGGGCCCCCUGCUCGUUAAGAAGUAGAUGGGUUUUCGUUUGAGUUUUGCCCUAGUGUCAUGUUGAGCGUUGAGCUGAACACCAUCUGUAUGUUAUGAUAAACUAUCACGACGCAUCGAUCCUUCAAUCAGAAUAAAGUAAGCUGCUCAUGUUAACAAGACUCAGCUUCAUGAUUGUGGGAAGCGUUAGUGACAGGUGAUACAUGUAGUGAGAUGUAUGAACAUCGGGAAAAUAUUUAAUUCUCUGUGCUGAACAAUGAAGUCAUGAGCUUAUGAUUUGCCGUGGUCCUUUGGCAGCGAAGUUAUGAUUCAAUGAUACAAGCUCUUGAUGGUUGCUUUA